AAAAGGGGAGGCUUUUCCAAAUCCUUCCCAAGAAAGCUCGUGCUGUUUCCCCGUGCUGUCCGUACUCUGUUUAAUAAUGCGAUUGUGACCUGAGCUGAAUUCGUGAGCGAUGAACUGUUGAGGCUGUUGCACCGCUGCAUCGGACUACGGUUUUGUUUUUUUCCUCGGCACAUGAUUCCUCCAUCCCAGCUGUUGCAGGACCUAUGGGCCAGUAAGAGAGGGAUGGGAAGCUGAGACAGUUUAUUUUCACAUUCUUCUGUUCCGGGGACUUGGCAAGUUACCUGAAGCUGCUGCUUUUUACUGGAUCUGCUCUUCCCCCGGCAGGUUUAUUUGUUUUCAUGUGCACGGGGUGUUUCCAUUAAAUAGACAUUGGGCUGGAGCUGGAUGGAUGCUUUGCAAUCCAGAAGGGUUUGGGGGAUAACAGAAAACUGCUAAAACAGAGAAGAACUGGUACUGCAGGAAGCCUGGGGCCUGUCUUCCAAGCCUUUUUGUUUUAUUGAGCAAGAUGAUGUGUGAGGUGAUGCCAACCAUCAGUGAGGCCGAGAUUCCCGCUGGGGGAAAUGGAGGCCAUGGUUCAGGUUCCCCAUUACAGUCAGAUGCUGAUUCCCACUUUGAGCAGUUAAUGGUGUCCAUGUUGGAAGAAAGGGAUCGUCUGCUGGAAACACUCAGAGAGACUCAGGAGACACUAGCCUUGACCCAGGGCAAGCUGCAUGAAGUUGGUCAUGAGAGAGAUUCCUUGCAGAGACAGCUCAAUACUGCACUUCCACAGGAAUUUGCAGCGCUUACAAAAGAGCUAAAUGUAUGCAGGGAGCAGCUGCUCGAAAGGGAAGAAGAAAUCGCUGAGCUGAAAGCAGAAAGGAAUAAUACAAGGCUAUUACUGGAACAUUUGGAGUGUCUUGUCUCCAGGCACGAGCGAUCUCUCAGGAUGACUGUGGUCAAGAGACAAGCUCAGUCUCCAGCAGGAGUUUCUAGUGAAGUAGAAGUUCUCAAAGCACUAAAAUCUUUAUUUGAGCACCAUAAAGCGCUUGAUGAAAAGGUAAGGGAGAGGUUACGAGUAGCACUUGAAAGAUGUAGCUUGUUGGAAGAAGAAUUAGGUACUACACAUAAAGAGUUAAUGAUUCUGAAAGAGCAAAAUAAUCAGAAGAAAACACUUCCAGAUGGGAUGCUGGAUGUAAAUCAUGAGCAGGAAAACACACCAACUACAAAUGGGAAGCGAUCGUCCGAUGGUUCUUUAUGCCAUGAUGAAAACCUGACUAAAGUGAUUGAGCUCCAGGACAUCAUAGAUAAGCAAAACAAAGAGCAGACCCAAAUGAAAGAACGUCUCACUGCUUUGUCUAGCAGAGUAACAGAGCUGGAAGAAGAUCUUGACACAGCUAGGAAAGACUUAAUAAAAUCAGAAGAAAUGAAUACGAAGUUACAGAGAGAUGUGCGAGAGACCAUGGCCCAAAAGGAAGACAUGGAAGAGAGAAUCACAACUCUUGAGAAACGCUACCUCGCUGCACAACGUGAAGCUACAUCUGUGCAUGACCUCAAUGAUAAACUUGAAAAUGAAAUUGCCACUAAAGACUCAAUGCAUCGACAGAGUGAAGAUAAGAAUAGGCAAUUGCAAGAACGACUGGAACUGGCUGAGCAGAAGCUGCAGCAGACCUUGAGGAAAGCUGAGACCUUGCCAGAGGUGGAAGCUGAGCUGGCACAGAGAGUUGCAGCUCUCACAAAGGCUGAGGAGAGACAUGGCAAUAUCGAGGAGAGACUGAGACAGAUGGAAGCACAACUAGAAGAAAAGAACCAAGAACUGCAAAGGGCUAGGCAGAGAGAGAAGAUGAAUGAAGAGCAUAAUAAACGUUUGUCAGAAACUGUUGAUAAGCUUCUGUCUGAAUCCAAUGAAAGGCUCCAGCUCCACCUCAAGGAAAGGAUGGCUGCCCUGGAAGAUAAGAAUUCACUUCUUCGGGAAAUUGAGAAUGCAAAAAAACAAAUAGAGGAACUUCAGCAUGAAAAGGAUCAACUUGUAUUAAAUGUUGAUGCAUUAAGAGCUGAAAAUGACCAAGUGAGACUCAGAGCCACAUCACUUCAUCAUAGGUACCAGCACUUAAUUGCAGUUAAUGAUUUUCUCCGACCAGACUUCAGGUUCCCUGUGACAUCUUCCCCCGUGGGGGACACUCACACAGACUCCUAUGGCACCUCAGCCGUGCUGAGGCGUCCCCAGAAGGGACGUUUGGCAGCUCUCAGAGAUGAACCUUCAAAGGUUCAGACUCUGAACGAGCAGGAUUGGGAGCGAGCCCAGCAAGCAAGUGUGUUGGCAAACGUGGCACAAGCAUUUGAAAGUGAUGUUGAUGUGUCUGAUGUCGAGGAUGAUAGGGAGACUAUAUUCAGUUCAGUUGAUCUGCUGUCCCCAAGUGGUCAGGCUGAUGCUCAGACUUUGGCCAUAAUGCUUCAAGAACAGUUGGAUGCAAUCAACAAGGAGAUUAGACUUAUCCAAGAGGAGAAGGAGAACACAGAGCAGCGUGCAGAGGAGAUUGAGAGCAGAGUGGGCAGUGGCAGUCUGGAUGGCCAUGGCCGAUUCCGGUCCAUGAGCUCUAUUCCUCCUCCCUAUGCCACUGGUUCCCUUGCUGGCUCUUCCCCCCCUGGCAGUGGCCGCUCCACCCCAAGGAGGAUCCCACACAGUCCAGCUCGGGAAGUGGACAGAUUAGGAAUCAUGACACUGUCUCCAGCUUCCAGAGAAGAGGUACGAGAUGAUAAAACCACAAUAAAAUGUGAGACAUCACCACCUGCUUCACCUCGGUCCUUGCGCUUGGACAGAGUCCAAAAAGGAGCUUUGCAUACAGUGAGCCAUGAAGAUAUCAGGGACAUUAGGAAUUCAACAGGUUCUCAAGAUGGGCAAACAAGCAAUCCUAGUAGCAGCAACAGUAGCCAAGAUUCCCUUCAUAAAGCUCCCAAAAAGAAGGGGAUCAAAUCCUCUAUUGGUCGCUUGUUUGGCAAGAAGGAAAAGGGACGACCUGGACAAACCAGCAAGGAAGCACUAGGCCAAGGUGGCAUGGGAGAAGCAGAUGGUUCCUCUCAGGAUGCAUUAGGUCUCAGCAAGCUUGGAGGUCAGGCAGAAAAGAAUAGGAAAAUGCAGAAAAAGCAUGAGUUGCUAGAGGAAGCCAGAAGACAAGGUUUGCCUUUUGCACAGUGGGAUGGGCCUACUGUGGUUGUGUGGUUGGAGCUGUGGGUUGGGAUGCCAGCCUGGUACGUGGCUGCUUGCCGAGCAAAUGUGAAAAGUGGUGCUAUCAUGUCAGCCUUGUCUGACACAGAAAUACAGCGUGAAAUUGGCAUUAGCAAUCCUCUGCACAGGCUGAAGCUGAGGUUGGCCAUUCAAGAAAUCAUGUCACUAACAAGUCCAUCUGCCCCUCCCACCUCAAGGACGACAUUAGCCUAUGGUGAUAUGAACCAUGAGUGGAUUGGCAAUGAGUGGCUCCCGAGCCUGGGGCUCCCUCAGUACCGCAGCUACUUCAUGGAAUGCCUUGUGGAUGCCAGAAUGUUGGAUCACUUAACUAAAAAAGACCUGCGUGGGCAGCUGAAAAUGGUGGACAGCUUUCACAGAAACAGUUUCCAGUGUGGAAUUAUGUGCCUACGAAGACUGAAUUAUGAUCGAAAAGAACUUGAAAGAAAAAGAGAAGAAAGCCAGAAUGAAAUUAAGGAUGUCCUUGUCUGGAGCAAUGAGAGAAUGAUCAAUUGGGUCAUGUCCAUUGGUCUUAAAGAAUACGCAAAUAACCUUAUUGAGAGUGGAGUUCAUGGUGCACUUGUGGCCUUAGAUGAAUCAUUUGAUUACAAUGCAUUAGCUCUCCUAUUGCAAAUCCCCACUCAAAACACACAGGCUCGUGCUGUUCUGGAGAGGGAAUUUAAUAACCUUCUUGCUAUGGGCACAGACAGAAGACUUGAUGAAGAUGAUGAUAAGAGCUUUAGGAGAGCACCUUCAUGGAGAAAGAAGUUUAGACCAAAGGACAUAAGAGGUUUAGCUGCUGGAUCAGCAGAGACUCUUCCUGCAAAUUUCAGAGUUACAACCUCAAUGUCUUCACCCUCUAUGCAGCCAAAGAAGAUGCAGAUUGAUGUUUACCCACACUAUUUCUACCGGUGAUAUGCAGCAUUUUGAACAUUUGGAACCCUUAACCUGUUAAUACUUGUUAAAAGGACACUUUGAGAUAUUUUAUUACAGAGUUUUUAAUUAGCAAAUAAAUUCAUGAGUACUAUAGAGAAAAUAUUUUAGAAUCUAAAUGUUUCUUAUAUUUAUGUGACUUCUCAUUUAUAUAGUUACUUACUUUUUCUGUUUCUAUUCAGUCUACAAAUCAAAUCAUUGCUGAUUUUUUUAUUCUAAUUUUAGUCUUUCCAACUGAAUGUACUGUAAUGCUUGUAUGUAUAUGCCCCUAUGAGCAAUAUAGGGUUUUUGUAAAUUAUGCAGUUACUGUAAUUAUCAUUGUUUUUUAAUAAUGAAACUGAAGGUGAAAAGGAUUUUAAUACCUUUGUAAAAGUACCAUGACACCAAGCAGUAUAUAUUUUGUCUUUUGGAACUGUUAGCUUAGAUCUGAAACCAAGUUUUUCAGGUAAGCAUAUGUUGAUGCAGAAGGUGCAGCACAUGAGUGCUGUUCUUCUCAGAGCUGUACCUUUCCACAAAGAGGAUUUGUCAAGUAGUGGCAAUUUGUCUUUAUUUAAACUAGAACUUGUUUGAAAAGCUGAGAGAACUCUAACACUGCGAACACGUUUUAGAAGUGAUUGACUCAGUCAUAACACUCUCUGCUGUAUUUGUAUAGUGAAUCUUCACAGUGACUGAAAACAAGCCAUAAACCACGAACUGUUUGUAUUUUUACUUUUCCUUAACUGAGGAAGAUGAUAGACUUCAUAAUGAUUCCUGGUUGUAAGCCACAGGCCACAGAGAGGUUUUUUUUGUCCGAAAUCUUUUUGAUUGAAAACACUUGUGGAAAGAUGCUGGUGAAACUAGUUUAAUGGACCAAUCAUAACGCACUGCAGCCUCAUGUCAAAUGAGUAGUGAAAGCUGAAGGUACAAUGGGCUGAAAACUAAAGCAGUGCAUCUUCUAACAAAGGCCUUACUUUUCUUACGUAAGUCAUCCUAUGUGUUUUGUAAACUUGUUCUAAAGAGUUGUCUGGACUUUCAUUUUGAUGGUUGUAGCCAUUUUGGACUGUAUGAGUAGAAAAUGUUACCUGACACUUGUAAAUGGCAUAUUAAAAGCCAGCAAGAAUCUGUUCAGAUGGUGCAUUAUUUAUUAUGCAACAAUAUAUAUAGCAUGUCUUUUUUUUCCUUAUUUUGUUUUCCACUUUUAACUUGCUUGUAAAACUGAAAUCCAUUGUUACUGUUCUGUUUUUCUAUUAAUCUUUUGUGUAUUUUCAGAUUAUGUAACAAUAUGUACAGUCUACUUUUGAACUAUUUUUAUCACAGUAUUAUUUAUUGCUUUCUUUCAAUAAAGUACUGAUGCAUUUUCCACUGCCAAUAAAACACUAUGGGAAAGCUAAGAUCUAAUUGAGUGCAGGCAGAAACUUUUGCGGUGAGUGGAUAUUGUCAAUAAAGCAUCUUAAUGAUUGUUUGCUGCCCUGUAGGUCUUGUUUCAAAUGAUGACCUUUCUCCAGUAGGAAAAAAAAAUAUUCCGUUAGAUGUGACCUUUUCUUUGGAAUUGUUCAAGUUCACAUGCAUUAAUCAGCUGUUGAAAACCAGUUUUCCCAAGAAAAUUGCUUUAUUGCCUACUUCUACUCGUAGUUAGAGCUAUGAUUUGCUUUGAAAAAUAGUAACAAAAACUAUCACACAACUUCAGUGUGUUCUGGUCCACAUGAUGAAGGUGGAAGUGCUGUUCUAGAUAACAGCUGCUGUGUGAAUAAAACAAGAUUAUGACCAUAGUGACAUUUGGGGA